UGCGUCGCGCUGCGGCCGCUGGGCUCCGCUCCUCUCGCAGCUGGGAGGAGUUGAGGCUGCGAGUUGGCGAAGCUCACUCACCUGUCGGAACCUGGAUCCGGACAGGGAGCUGGGCCUGGAGGCCACUCGGCCCACCGCCUUCUCCCGCGCCGGGACGCCACGGCCAGGGAGAAAGGUGUGGGGGCCGCUCCCCGAAACUCGAGACGCCUGGGCUCCGCGCCCCAGCCCCCUGCUCACCUCUUUCGCCCCCAGGCGCCCUCGGCUUGGCGUGCCCUGAAGGCCAGCUCGGCCCGACGCCAGGGCAGCGGGUUCGAGAAGCUCCGCCUCCUUCCGCCGCUUAGAGACACGGGGGCCGCCAGGAACUUUUCCAUUCGGUCUCAGGCGGCGAGCACUGCGGAGGUUUUCAGAACUUUGUAGGAAAGGGCCAGCCAGGGACCUCUGCCUCCAUCCCACGCCUUGCCUGCCACCUGCCUGGGACACCCCCAGGCCGGGGGAUCCCGCUCCCCGCCGCCCCAACUUUUCACGAGCGGUCUGCUCUCCCUGUCACGCUCCUGUGCCAAGGGGGGCGCUGAUCUUCCGGGGGCCGGCAACGCUCUCUCCCUCGGCUCGCCCUCCUCCUCCCCCGGGCGAGCCCAAAUCUGCGGUGCACUUGAGCGUUCCCAGAGCUCCAAAUUCGCUCCCGCUCCGAAGCCGACCCUUCGAGGGGGGAUUGAGCCCUAGUGAUCCCGGCCUUUUACUCCGAAACUCGAGUCGGCCCCCCAGUCUUUUCCCACCGACCUCGGGUGCCGUCGCGGACCGGCCGGGAGAGCGGCCGGCGGAGCGUCCGGGCCCUCGAAACGGCGUAGCCCGUCGGGGGCUGCGCGCACCAUGGCCGGCUGCUGCUGCCUGUCCGCCGAAGAGAAGGAGUCGCAGCGCAUCAGCGCCGAGAUCGAGCGGCAGCUUCGCCGGGACAAGAAGGACGCGCGCCGCGAGCUCAAGCUGCUGCUGCUGGGAACUGGAGAAAGUGGCAAAAGCACCUUUAUCAAGCAAAUGAGAAUCAUCCAUGGGUCUGGUUACAGUGACGAAGACAGAAAGGGGUUCACGAAGCUAGUUUAUCAAAACAUAUUCACCGCCAUGCAAGCCAUGAUCAGAGCCAUGGAUACCCUGAGGAUACAGUACGUGUGUGAACAGAAUAAGAAAAAUGCCCAGCUGAUCAGAGAAGUGGAUGUAGACAAGGUCUCUGCUCUCUCCAGGGACCAGGUGGAGGCCAUCAAGCAGCUCUGGCAGGACCCGGGAAUCCAGGAAUGUUAUGACAGGAGGAGGGAAUUCCAGCUGUCAGACUCUGCCAGAUAUUACCUGACUGACAUUGACCGGAUCGCCAUGCCGUUGUUCGUGCCAACGCAGCAAGACGUGCUUCGUGUCCGAGUACCCACAACCGGCAUCAUUGAGUACCCAUUUGAUUUGGAAAACAUCAUCUUUCGGAUGGUGGAUGUUGGCGGCCAACGAUCUGAAAGACGGAAAUGGAUUCACUGCUUUGAGAGUGUCACCUCCAUUAUUUUUUUGGUUGCUCUGAGUGAAUACGACCAGGUCCUGGCUGAGUGUGACAAUGAGAACCGCAUGGAAGAAAGCAAAGCCUUAUUUAAAACCAUCAUCACCUACCCCUGGUUUCUGAACUCAUCGGUGAUUUUGUUUUUAAACAAGAAGGAUCUUUUGGAAGAGAAAAUCAUGUACUCUCAUCUAAUUAGCUAUUUUCCAGAAUACACCGGACCAAAGCAAGAUGUCAAAGCUGCCAGAGACUUUAUCCUGAAGCUCUAUCAAGAUCAGAACCCCGACAAAGAGAAAGUCAUCUAUUCCCACUUCACAUGUGCUACAGACACAGAGAAUAUCCGCUUUGUGUUUGCUGCUGUGAAAGACACAAUUCUACAACUAAACCUGAGGGAAUUCAACCUAGUUUAAAAGCUUCUGUCCACUCGUCACCCAGGCCAGAAAACCAGAUUUGCAAGCUCCUCGUGUUUUUAUUUGUAAGUGCUUCUGACAUCACCCGGCCCAGCCCAGAGGUGGCACCAAGUCCAUCAUGCAUGCCACAUGGAUGGGGAUGGGUGAUGGAGCUUGUAAGAUAUUUUAGCAAAACUUGUUCAAAGUCUUUAUUCCCAAAUUGUUUUUACAUUUCUCUUCUUGACUUUAGGCUGUAAGAUUUUUGUGUAAUUUUUGAAUUUGAUAUUUUAUAGAAUUUUUAAGAACCACUGUGAUUUAUGAUUUUUUAAAAUUGAAGUGUGUGUAAGAACAGCCAUUAAAAAAUCACAUAACAGAGGACUCAAUUUAUAGGUCAUGCUUUGAGACCUCUAGGAUUAUCCAUUUUUAACUAAAUCUUGUAAUUGAGUGUUUUUCUCUCUUCAUGCUGAAGUAUGCCUUUAACAUGCAACCAGAGACUUUUUUUUAAAAAACAGUUGGUUCUUCUUUGUGUUAACUUUCUAAGUCAAAUUAAUGACAGUAUCAGUACCUCUAAUUUAGUUUUGCCACAAUUUGAUCACUGUGGAACCAAAGUUGACAUAAGAAGAUAAAUGGGCUCUAGAUAGUAUAUAUGUUGUAUUGGUGAAAA